GCAGUGGCCGUCCGCCCCGCCCUCGACGAGAGCCGCGCCUGCGCGGUCCGGGCCCCGAGGCUGUGGCGGCGGCGAUGGAGCCCGUGGCGCCGCGGAACGAGCUGGUGUCGGCGGAGGGCCGGAACCGGAAGGCGGUGCUGUGCCAGCGCUGCGGCUCGCGGGUGCUGCAGCCGGGCACGGCGCUCUUCUCCCGCCGGCAGCUCUUCCUUCCCUCCAUGAGAAAGAAGCCGGCUCUGGCCGACGGCAGCAGCCCCGACGGCGACCUCCUCCAGGAGCACUGGCUGGUGGAGGACAUGUUCGUCUUCGAGAAUGUGGGCUUCACCAACGACGUGGGCAACGUCAAGUUUCUGGUCUGCGCCGACUGCGAGAUCGGGCCCAUCGGCUGGCACUGCCUCGAAGACAAGAACAGCUUCUACGUGGCCUUGGAACGGGUGUCCCACGAGUAACGGAGGGGAGGGGGCUCCGCUGCACCCCGCGUGUCAGAGCUGCCCCUUCCCAAGAACUGGUUUUUAACCUGGUGCGACGGUUCUGCUGCUGCCGCUCUGUCCUCAUGGCGAGCGUGGAUGCAUCCCGCUGAACGGGCGGGGCCAGCCCUGCUUCCUUAGAGCCUGGCGUGCGUGCCCCUUCUAGUUCGCGGUGCGCCACGCCGUGCCCUAAGCUCCGUUCCCCCAGUUGCGGACACGGGGAGCAUCCCACCCUUCUCCUCUCACCCCUGCAUCCUGCCGGGCUCUCCUGUACCCAGGGCUCCCUGGCUGCUUGCUCUGGACGGGCAUCGCGACACUCAUGUGCUGAUAGUUGAGGCUUCACCUCUUUCCUCAUCCCAGAAGGCGCGCGGAUGUCUGAGAGUGACUUUGCUGUGUGGCUGACUUCACCGGCGUUUCUUCUUUUUAAACGGAUAACCUUUGCGGGCUUUGGUAUUUAGGCUCCUGAUCAGGAACGCUGCGGGUGCACCUCUGUGCCAGGGGUGAGAACCUCACCUCCAGGUGGUCAGAAGCCUUUCGUGGUGAAGAUGAAGGUGGCCCCUCUUCCCUUCAAACCCUGAUGAGGUUUACAGCCUGUCAGUUGAGAAUCAGACUUUCCACCCCAUCGGGAGCCAUUGUCCCCGGAUCUAAGACCCUGGAUGUGGGGUCUAAGAGGAAUAGGCCUUUGCCAUAUUACACAGGAGUUUGUAGGUUUGUCUUCCUUUGUUCUCAAGAAAGACUUCCUUAAUGGAUGAUGUCAUUUACUGAACCUGCUGGGCCUGGUUCAUUUGGAAUCUCUACACUGACCCCCAAAACAAACCUUCCAUCCAGAGGCCUCGGUUGCUACAGCUGGGGAGUCGCUCUGACCCUGUGAUUUUAGCGAAGUAUUUCACCUUUCAAUAGGACUUGAGUUCUUCCGGAAUGACUCACCUCAGCAGGAGUCUGUGCAACCAGGUCCAGGUUCCUCCCCAUCACCCACCUCUCAGAUCCAGGAGACCUGGCACUGCAGGAGGACUAACUGGAGACCGCCUCUCUGCGGUCCGUUUGUCCCCUUCCCCCCAGAGCUUACUCUAAGGGCUCCCUCACUAACGGGGUGGGGAGGGCCUUGGGCAUGGUUUUGCAACUGGCCUGCUUCCUCCUGUGCGGUCAGAGCCCAGUGAGCUCCCGCAGAAAUGAGAGAGCCGUUCUCUAGACAAGUGGUCUAGGGUCCAUGAUUAUGGCGUGUACGGAAAGACGGCUGCGAGAGUUCUCCACUCCGGUUGGAAGGAACAAAACCAAGCAGAUGCCUCUCUGGGCGAGUGGCCCCUCCUGGCACAGCCAAGUCCAGGCAAAGCAUUUUCUAAAAUUGGGCUUUGACUUUUCUUUCCUUUUUUAAUCACAGAAACAGUACCCAUUCGUUGCAGAGACACACAAAAAGGGGCACGCACGUUUUUUAAUCCCUCGUAUUUCCACCAUCCACAGAUGGUAAUGCUGUGUAUGUCCAUCUCCAUGUUUUCUACACGUACGUACGCAUGUAUGGCUUUUAACACAAAUAUGAGCCCAUACUGUACUCGGUUAUAGCUAGCUUUCUCCGUUUAACAAUACACCAACUUCCCUUGCGUGUGGCUGUCCCCGGUGUCCGCCAUUGUAUGUCUGUCUGUAUGUAAGCAGUCCCCUGUCAGAUUGCAGCUUAAACGCACAUUCCUAAUGGCUCCCUCGGGGUAAAAAGUGGGAUUGCAGGGUGUGCCGUGCACAUGCCUCGGAACUGGCCUCGCUGUUUACCCUCCAGAGUAAGGCAGACUCCCGUUGCUGAACCGUUCUAACACCGGGCAUGUGUUAUCAUUAAAAGAGCAUUUGGCCCUGGCCACGUAACUCGGUUGGUUAGAGUGUGGUCCAGAUACGCCAAGGUUGCGGGUUCAACCUCCAGUCAGGGUAUAUAUGCAGGAAUCAACCAAUGAAUGCACCAAUAUGUGGAACAACAAAUCGACGUGUUUUUUUCUCUCUCUCAAAAAAAAUACAUUUUGCCACUUUAAUAGAAACAAUAGUCUCAUUUUGAUUUGCAUUUGUUAUUUCUAAUGAAGUUUUUAUAUACUUAGUGAUUUGUAUUUCUUUUUUUUUUUUUUUGAGAAUUGCCAAACACUGUUGCCCAGUAGCCAAAAAAAUAUCAAGUUGUUAUCUUGUCUUUUCAGUUUGAUUUGAAAGAAAUAAAGGCAUUUAAACAAUGGAAA